AUGGACAUUCUGACGCGCCACAUCCAAGAAGAGGUGACAUGGUGCAUGUUAUUUGCAGAUAAUAUUGUAUUGAUUGAUGAGAUGCUAGGCGGUGUGAAUGCGAGGUUAAAGGUGUGGAGGCAGACCCUGGAGUCUGAAGGUUUCAAGCUGAGUAAGACCAAAACAGAAUACUUGGAGUGUAAGUUCAGUGGUGAGUCUCGGGAGGGAAAAGGGAGGGACAUGGAUGGUAACUGGGUUGAUGGUACUAAUGAUGUUGCAGACACUGCUCUCAAUUAUUUUGAUCAACUAUUCUCUGCGGAGGAUACUCAAGAGGAUAGCAAUAUCCUUAGUGUCAUUAAUAAGGAGAUUACAGAGGCAGUGUUCUCCAUUAAUGUUGACAAUUCUCCUCGACCAGAUAGUCUAAAUGGAAAGUUCUAUCAAGCUUGCUGGUAUGGUUUCUUUAUAUUUGGGUGA